UCAUUAACUUAGCCGCCACAAAUUCAUCCAAGAGACCAGAAAUAUCUCCCGCUCCCCAAAAUUUUCCUUUCAUUUUCUCUCACACUUUCUCGGCAACCAAACAUCAUUGAAGAGCUUCAAUACUCCCCUUUCUCACCUUCACAGUAAUGAGCUUGCUUAUAAACCACUGUGCUAUUUACUGUCGUGUCAACCAGGGACGCAAUAAUGCAGGGAAACAUAAGGCGCCAAUCAGAAUGAGUAGCAAAUCCUCCAAAACGAAAGAAGAUUUUGUUUCUUUAUCGAAGAAGGAUAGGAAUUGCAGCCUUGGAAUUAACACUAUUAUUAGUUCCAUAGCAGUCUCAAAUUUGGUUGCGAUAGACAUGGCAAAGGCUGUAACUCUGGAUAAAGUACUGGAGGAGGCUGCUUCUGUUUAUACUUUGGCUGAUGGAAGCAUUGGGGACUGGUUUGGAGGUUUCUUAUAUUCAUCUGGGCAACAAGCUAAUGAAGCUGUUCAAGACCAGUUAUCAGCACUCAGUUUUACUAGUUUGGCAGUGAUUUUUGGAGCAGGGCUUGUAACCAGCCUUUCUCCUUGUACAUUAAGCGUUUUACCGUUGACCCUUGGUUACAUUGGAGCAUUUGGCUCUGGAAAGAGCAGGGCAGAGAUUGUUGGGGAUUCUAUUGCAUUUGCUUUGGGAUUGGCAACUACACUAGCUCUUCUAGGCAUAGCAGCCUCGUUUGCUGGAAAGACAUAUGGGCAGAUAGGACAAGGAUUGCCCUUGGCUGCUUCUGGUCUGGCUGUUAUUAUGGGUCUAAAUCUUCUAGAGGUUAUUGAAUUACAACUACCUUCCUUUUUCAACAACUUUGAUCCCCGUGCUGCUGCUGCUAAUUUUCCAUCAAGUGUGCAAGCAUAUUUAGCUGGGCUUACUUUUGCACUAGCAGCCUCGCCUUGCAGUACACCUGUGCUGGCCACUUUGCUGGGAUAUGUGGCUGCAUCUAAGGAUCCAGUCGUAGGAGGCAGCUUGCUCUUAACAUACACAACUGGUUAUGUUGCUCCUCUACUUCUCGCAGCUUCUUUUGCUGGAGCAUUGCAGAGCUUGCUGUCAUUCCGCAAGUUCUCAGCAUGGAUCAAUCCAAUGAGUGGUGCACUUUUGUUAGGAGGGGGCGUGUACACUUUCUUGGAUAGGCUCUUCCCACCCACGAUGGCAAUGUAGAUUUACCAUCCUCAGGCUCUGUGUAGACUUACUAUACAUUUGGAAACUUGCAUACAGUAGGAUUGAGCUCGCUCAUGUUGCUGGUCAGUACUUGUUACUUAAAUACACGUUGACAUUGUAAUAUAAUAUCAUUUCUCCACCAA